CCCUCUGUGGCACUCCUGCCUGACACUCCUCCUAGUCUGUCACCCCGCUUAGAAAUGACGAAUUAGAGAGACACAUAUGAACCGAAAAUGUAAACAUUGGAGGAUUGGCUCGGCCGACUCCUGCGGACGCUAUCUGAAGGUCCCGAUACUGGACCGCUUGCGUCUGGUGGCGCGCCCUCCCUGUAGACUCGUUGGUGUAACUGCGACAAGGGUAAACUGUAAACUUGCCGCGAUUCCAGUAGCCUCGUUGGUGUAACUGCGACAAGGGUAAACUGGAAACUUGCCGCGAUUCCAGUAGCCUCGUUCGUGUAACUGUGCGAGAGUAAACAGGGAACUCCGUCAGUAAACUCGUCAGGUUCCAUAACUACAAAAAAAAGGAAGAAAAAUACUAGGCUAACCCGAGUCAAGUCCAGAGCUCUCGACUUUUGCAUACAUAAAUAUUCUGCCGAGUGGACACGGGGUAUAUUUUUUCCCGCCGGACGGCUGUUUUUACCUCUGUUAUGUGUUUGUUUUCCUCCACAAAAGGAACCAUUCCGCUGUGAUAUCGUGUUUGUGCUUUGAACAAAUAAAAGAGUUUUUGGGAAAUGGAAUAUCCAACGUUGGACGGUGCCAACUGUCCCUAGUUCGGGGAGCUAUUAAGACCUUACAAAGCCAGCCACUACAGGUGUUUGGUCUGACUGGUGUACAGCUGCGGAGUGCUCGUGACUGCUGCAAGAGGGAAGGACUAUUGCUCAAGUUGUACCGAAUUGCACAAACUCUGGCAAGGUUGAUUUCGUGUCUGGGAAGGAGGGCUGAGGGCAAGAUCCGCGUGAAGAUACAGAGCUCUGCCCCGCAAUGUGACCCAGCUCUCGCCGAUUAAAAGGAGCUUUUCAUGAUAUAAAAAAAGACGUGAUACCUUGCUUAUAUACGUUACUGUCAUCUGGCCGAGGUCAGGUCAGGCCAGGUCAUCUGGUCUACGGCCCCGCUCCACGCCCAACCUGCUGGACAAUGAAAGCAUAAUGGGUCGGAAGCAGGGUCUCAGCUACUCCAUUAACCAGCCCGACCUUAUUGAGCACGUCGCCCACACGACCAGUCUCCAACACCACCUUCCCAACAACCAGAUUGUGUCCAACAACCAAGAUGACGCCGAGAACGAUGAUAAACGCAUGCUAACUCCCGAAGGUGGUGAAGCCGGUGUAGACUCAGGGGUGGUGACUGACGGAGGCUCCACUUCCUCUUCCAAUUCUUCACACCAAGGGCGACAGUCCCCUACCCACAUCCCGCAUAUGACAGCCGGCCACACGCAGGAUUUAUAUGCUCUACCAGUGAAGCGACCACCAACACAGACUGGAUCACAAAACUCCACACCAACUCACCAACCUGCACAGAAUAAUUGUGAAGAGAAGACAGACCCACCCAUUGAGGACACUCUUCCACCUGGAUGGGAGAAGCAUGAAGAUAAUGAUGGGCCAUACUACUGGCACAUCAAGAGUGGUACAAUCACACGCACCCCACCUGAACCUUCAGAUACAGUGACUUCUGCACCACUCAGAGCAGAGAGGAGGAACAAGGACACUGACCAGACAAGUGGCGGCGUGGCAGGAACUGUGACACGUAGCAACACCUCCUCUGCAUUGUCCGAACUUUCAGACUCUCGUCCAAGGACUGCUGCUGUGGAUAAUGCCUACAAGCGACGCAGUUACCCUGCUCGUAGCGACGUAACAGAGGGCAGUGGUGGACGUCCCAUUCGAUUUGCAGUCCGUUCUCUUGGUUGGGUGGAAAUUGCUGAAGAAGACCUUACUCCAGAGCGAUCUUCCAAGGCUGUCAAUCGAUGCAUAGUUGAUCUAUCUGUUGGGAGGCGUGAUGUUUUGGAUGUGGUUGGAUGCUGGGGUGAUGGAAAGGAUUUGUUUAUGGAUUUGGAUGAGGGUUCUCUAAAGCUGGUUGAUCCUGAGAAUCUGACAGUACUUAACACGCAGCCCAUCCACACUAUCCGUGUCUGGGGUGUUGGACGCGACAACGGCAGGGAGAGAGAUUUUGCCUAUGUUGCCCGAGAUCGUGUGUCGAGGAAGCACAUGUGCCAUGUUUUUCGUUGUGACACUCCUGCACGCACCAUUGCAAACACACUACGAGACAUAUGCAAGAAGAUUAUGAUUGAACGUUCUCUUCAGCAGAAUAUGAAUAAACCCCUUGAUACAAAUUCACCUGGUAGCGGAGGAACCGGAAGACUCACUCGACCUACCAACCUUCCCACUGAACAUCGCCGACUCCAUCGGCACUCACAAAUUAUUACAACUCAAUCAUUCCCAACGCCCAUGGAGGAACCCAAGAAAGUUAUGCGUGUGCAGUACGUGGGUGUGCUACAAGUGGAAAGACCCUCGGGAAUGGAUGUACUUAACAGUGCUAUUGAGAGAGUGAUAGAAGCCAACCCCAAACCUUGGAAGAAUGUGUCUGUGGCCGUUGCUCCUUCCACAGUGACCAUCACAAACACAGACGAUGGGAAACAAAUAGCAGAGUGCAGAGUUCGUUUCCUGUCAUUCUUAGGGAUUGGCCAGGAUGUGAAGCACUGCGCCUUUAUCAUGCACACAGCCCAAGACCAGUUUAUUGCACAUGUGUUCCACUGUGAGCCUUCCACAGGAGCCCUCUGUAAGACAAUUGAAGCAGCCUGCAAGCUGAGAUACCAGAAGUGUUUGGAUGCACAUCCUGGUGUAAGUCGUGGACGAGGAGUAGGCACACCUCGAAGCAUUUCAGCCACACUGCGUUCGGUGUUCGGGUCCAUCACUGGACGAAAGGCUCGGUCAGCUGAAUCCUGAGAUGAGGACUCACCUCUGCAGAAGAUGAAGAUAGCAGUCGAGGAACUGACUAGUUUGAGUAUGAGCAGAGAGUCAAGUUAAUUGAAUUAAGUACAUGAGGCACCGCUGAAGAACUAUGCACUGUUCUCGUCAAUACUGUAGUACUGUAGCUAUAUCAAUUACGAGUGGUUACAAGAAAAGAAAAUGGUGUGAGAAUGAAUUUAAUGUGUAAUAGAAUUUCAGUUUGAUUGUGAUAUUCAAUUAAAUGUAUAAGAUAAUUGACAAGGUUGUUCUUCACAUUUAAUAAAUAUAUUAAUUGGCGACGGAAGACUAGAAAUACUUAUAUCAAAGCAGCAUUUAGGAUGGAGAUACAGUAAUUUAUUUAAGUACUUUGAAGUUAAGAAAAAGCUGAAGUUCAAUAGGAAAUUUUAAAAGAUAUGUUUGUAUAUAUACUGGUGCAGCUAGAACUAUGUGGAUGAGAAGGAUGACCAAAUAAACAUUGGAUUUAAGUUGAAAACAAAUCCUGAACUGAAAACAUGACUUAAGGAUUUCAAGCAGUUUAUCCACACUAUCGAGAGUCUAGAUAUUUAUUAAGUGUUAAGCUGAAUCUCUGUUCAUCAUCCUCUGCCAUCUUUGGCACAUGAGGAUAGUGUUUGAACUGAGUGCAUGCAUCACUAUAGGAUCCAGAAAGUUACAGAUGAAGCCAAAAAUACCAUAAAGUGUAAAUGUUUUUGGGACCCAUGAUGAGGAUAUUUAUUUCUUUAAUUUGCCUUCAGUUGUGAAUGUGAGAGUGGUAUUAAUGUGAGGAGUUAGCUUAAUACAAGUUAUCUUUUCUGCAUGCCACACACCAUUCAAAACCCGAGAUGGUCGAAAGUAUAUGGGCAAUGACUAGUUAUCCCUCAGCCUGCUUCUUUUAAUGUAAAUUUAUUGCAUGUAAAUCACUAUUGAAAGAGCUGAUAAUAUAUCUCAGCACAUGUUACAUAACGAAGUGUGCCAAAAUUUUCAGUAAAUACUGUAUGUGCUUUGGAUUAGUAUCCAGAGUUUGUCAUUCCAAGAGCUUAGACAACUUAGUAAUGUACGUAACGUGAGAUUUAUAAUAAGCAUGCAAUAUAUAGCAGCAUUUUUGGUUGUGUCUUGUUACCAAAUAUUAAUAUAUUAUUUUUAAAUUUUGUAACUUUCACAUAUUUGAGGUAGUGUUCAAUAAGCUAAUAGAACUCAGUUGUUCCUUUGAAUAUUUUUAAUGUUUUAUUUGUAAAAUCUGAAUUUUAUUCUUUUCUAUUCAAUAAUAUUUCUUGAGCUGGUGAGCUCAUUUAUAAACCCUGAAAAAAGACCACAUAUCUAAACAAAAUUAUGGUGUUAAGCACAGUAAAGCACUCCUUUCUGAGUAGGUCCCUUGGAUGCUUCCCCAGCCAAAGUUCAUAUGGUCUAACCAGAACUCUAAUCAUCCCAUCUCUUCUCGUCAACCAUAUUCCUUCAUAACCAGAGAAGGAAGACAGUAGCAAGUGUAACUCAAGUGAGUACCAAAAUACCAGCUCUCUGUAAUACAAAUGAGUGAGCAAUACUCUCAACAAGUCUGCAAGCAAUAAUCAGAAAACUCUAGGAAUGCCAGUUAUCACUUUGUUAAUUACCAGUACAAUACUUGAUAAGAAACGGUUAAUCCUGUUAACACCCAGGUACAGCACUCGUUACCAUAACAAUGCUGACGGUGUUGACAACCCCUUGGACAUCCCUUUAGCCAACUAACCAUAUUGAACAAAGCUACUAAAACUAUAGUAACAAGAAAAUGGAGCUGAAGACAUGAAGAGUGGAGGCCACUGGUACCCAGCUAUUUACCAGCAUCAAAUGGAGGAUACAGUAAUCUACCAAGAGCUACACAAAGACACUGAGGGUGAGGCACAUAAGGGAGACAAUGAGAUACAAACCAACUGUUUGACCCCCAGAACCCACAGGCCUUAAUGUUAGAGCAGGGUAUUGGAGAGAUGAAAACCGUGAACAUAGCAAACUUUUGAUGGUUAUGAAGAAGCCAGGAAAGGCAGACUCUGGAAUAUGAGGCUAAUGUGCAGAGAUUUUAAAAAGACCAGCAGAGCAAGAGGUACAGGAUGCCUGGAAAUAAUGGUUCAACACUAUCACAGAGAUUAUGAUAAACAUUGGAGUGGAUGAACCAAAAUGCAAAGAGAGGACAACUACAAUAAAAAGCAGGCUACUCAUUCUUGGCCAAUAAUGAUGAAGGUGGUUGUAGUCACACAAAUGUGUCCCACAACAGAACAACAAUCCCUCUGAAUGAUGAAUGAGCAUGUGUAACUCACUGACUUGAUUAUCAGUCCUCCAUAAGAAUGAACAAAGCCUUUAGUGUUACAGUCUCCAAAAAAAGGGUAAACCUAAAACUAACAGGAGGGCAAAAAAUCUAGAACAAUGUCUGAAGACCAAGAAAGCUCUUAAAAGAUCAUGGGAGGGACAUAGGUGGAAAGAAAGCACGUUCUAACUUAACAAAAGCAGUCGAAGAGAGAUCAAGCACAAACCCAACUAGCAAUAAUGACUCUAGAAGAGUAGACCAGUAUGAAACUCUAGUAUAGAGUUGGAAGUGAGAUGGUGCUUGAGAAACCAAAAUGUAAAAAAAAGACAUUAGCAUUACCACAGAGGGAAUAAUGACAGGCAGAGCACAAAAGCCCUGUAGCAGUGCCAAUUCCACCUCAAAUUAAUGACUAGCAAGGAAAUCCACCAUCACCUGCCAUAUAUAUACAAAUAGCAAUAAAUCAGCCCUAAGAAUUCCUUAUGUAAAAAAUCAGAGGCCUUGGGGACCCAUGUGAAUUCAAGACCUUGAAGAGUCUGGUAGAGAUUAAGAACCAGGAAUGAAAUUAAGUUGCCAACCCAAGACCAGGUUCAGAAACCAAGGCUUCAAGUAGUAGUUGGCGCCGGUUGGCGCCUCUAACACUACAUGAUAACAGGUGUUGCCACCUAGUGGUGGCAUUGGUAACUUUGCUUCUUAACUAGUAGUUAGCAGCGAGAUAAUUGACAUUCCUUGUGUUUUAUGAAUAUUGCUUGUAAGGAAUGUUGAUGGCAACAUUCAUUCUUUUGUACUACAUUGAGUUGGUUCCUUGGUGGUAGGAUGAGUUAGAAUUACUGACUGCCGACCUUUCCCAAUUUUCCCAAGAUACUGUAAUUUGUAAAGAUCACUGUCAAGGUUGGGGACAAUGUCAACAAGAUUCUAACGAGUCCCAGGUCGACCAUAUUGGUUCUGGCUUUUGGAGCAUCUUAGGAAGCCUUUGCUCAGAAAUAUGUCUAAUAAAUUUUGUUCAUCUUCAUGUCACAUGAUAUUGAAUUCUUUAAUAUUGUGGUAGUUUUCCAUUCUAAAAAAUAUUAUCAUUAUACAGUACAGUAGUUGUAUAAAAGACAAUUAAAAACAGUCAAUGUAGAAAAUUUACAUUGAAUAAAUAAUUAUUUUGCUGUGAGGUAUUAUGACAAACAAUAGUUGGAUAUUUUUUUAACUUAAUUCACUACUGAUAUUUUUCUAAUUUUGAGUAUGUAGUGUGCCCUCACUUAACAAUGAAAUGAUUUUUUACCAAAAACUAUUUAUAAAAAUAUAUUCUACUGUUAUACUUCACUUGGUAAAGUUCGAUUUUAUAUUAAAUUUAACUGCUAAAUUAUCAUCUGUAAUCCAGGUCUUUACUACAUUACAUGGGGAAUUUUUGCAUACACAAAAUUCAAGUGUUUAAUGUAAUGAAAUGCCCCUUUCUGGUGGGGUUCCUUAGUAACUCCUUGAGUUAAAAGCUGGGUCCAUCCAUGUCCUGAGGAAAUGCACCAGUCCCCUUAGACCCACAUAAGCCUACCAGCAGACAAGACCAGAAUGAGACACUCUCUGAGGUGAGGGGGAGCAUGAAGAUCAGUGAUGAACCCACAACCAAGAAAAAACUUAUCUGAAAUCAUAAGUGCAACACAACAAACAAAUGCUUCAAGAAAAUUAGGUACCCAAAGGAAAUGAAGCAAACAAUUGUUAAAUGCCCAACUGUGUUACACCUAACCACUACCAGGCAGCAGCAAAGGUCACCUAGGGUAUCUACCAGCAUGCUUCCUCAGUUUUAAGCUGCUCAAACGAACCUCUCCAACCCACGAGGAAGAAGAGAAUAAGGCAGAGACAAGGAGCUACUGAGGGUCCCGCUGAGGAAGCUAGUUUAAUUACAUUCAAUGAUUGAUUUCUGGAAGGAUCCCUCGGUAUCUCCCCAGCGUAAUUCACAUGGGGUUCCUUGGUACAGAAGGCCUGCAUUUAUGAAAAAUGAAAGCCAAAAGGCACCAGACUAAGGCUUCCAGAAGUAAAAUAAUGCAUAAGACAGCCGAAGGAUGGUGGGCAAGGUCACAGCCAUCCCAAAAGCCAGUGAGAGAGAGUACCCAGAAUAACCACAAGAGGAAAACAACAAUGCAAGAUUUCCUUUCAGAUGAAGUAUGACACACACUAUGUUUCUGAUCAUGGCAAUUGUUGUUCACCAGAGAACAUGGUAAAACUCAUUUAGUAACCCCAUAGGCUAAACCAUGCAAAGCUCAUGCUGCCCAAUAAGUGUUCAAUAUCCUGAUGGAAAAAACCAAGACCUUCCAGCAAUAACCAAAGGCAGUGGCACAGCGGCAACUGCACAGGAAGAGAACAUUCACUAAGUGGAUGUGAGCCCUGUAGUGUGCCACAAUUGAUGCCAAAGCAGCUUGAGCACCUGGACACGGUGUUGCUAUGCCCUGCUGUAAAGGAAGAUCCCUAAAGACAUUUACCUGAAUUUACCCGAGGGCCACUAAUACUAGUGGCCUCAACGAGGACAAGAAACCGGCGGCUUGUCAAAAGCUCCCCGUAUGUCCUGAUAAUCUUUUCCAGCUGUAUUUUAAAACCCAGCAGAGUUUUGGAGUUUAAAUAAUAAGACCAAGUAAGACAAUAAGACAUAAAACAGAUGGGGGCAAUCAUCUCCUCCUCAAGUAUUUUUUUACUAUAAAAAAGAUGCCACUUAUCCAAAAAAGAGUUAUCUGCCAGCCAGGACAUAUUUAGGACCUCAUACCACAGCCAGGAAGCAGAAAAGGGUUCAAACUCUAAAGACUUAGGAUACAGUUUAGAAAUAUAUGAUAAGAAAACUCAUCUUCUCUAAACAGUAAACACUCAGGGUCAAGAACUAAAAUCUAAAAAGGGUCAAAAGGCAGCAAAGGAAUUUCCUUAAGUAAGCCUAAACCCUAAGAACCUCUCCCACUACAGAAGAAGGUUUUGUCUGAAUUUACUUGAGGGCCACUGUCUGUCUCUAGUGGCCUCAACAGAGGACAGGAAGCUGAUGGCUUGUCGAAGGUCUCCCUUAUUGUUCUUGAGGAUUUUUUUUCCAUCUGGAUUUUGUCCUGAAGUAAUGUAUAGACAUUUAUGGCAUUGGCAGGUAGGAGAUUCCAUGGUUUAAUAACCCUAUGGGUGAAAAAGCAUCUCCUGUUUUCUGUCCUACAUUGUGGCUGAUUAAUCUCGAAGCUCUUAUCCUUGUAUAUACAGUACAGUAUUACAUUAGACCUUUUAAAGAAGUGGUCUAGAUUAAUAUCCUCCAACUUGUUUAGUACUGUAUUUUAAGGGUCUAUAAGAUCAGCCAUGUCAUGUCAUGUCUGAUUUGCAGUGUUGUUAGUCCUAUGGCCAUCAACCUUUCCUGGUAUGUGAGUUCUGUGAUGAUUUUUGUCAAUACGUUGAACUUUCUCGAAAGUAGAUACAGUAUAUGCUUUCAAAGGUGAUGUCUCCAUAACUGGAUGCAGUAGUCCAGAUGGAGGUAAACCAGAGACUUGUACAGUUGAAUAGACAUUUUUUUCCCUUGAAGUCAAAGGACCAUUUGACUAUUUGCCAAGGUUUGGUUGGCUUUUAUUGCAGCACUCACUUCUAGUGCAACUUUCAGUAACUAGUGGACCCUAAUUCCUAGGUCCUUAGGCACCAGGGCAGAGUCUACAGUUCUAUUAGAACCCUGGGACAUGCAAGAAGGAAUAGAUAGAAAGUCAACCAUGGAAGUCCAAGAAACCCUGAGAAGGAGAGCCAUUAUGCACAUCACAAGGAUACAACAGGGGUGCAGGAAGGGAAACUGGGCUCCACAGCUUCCAUCAAAUCCUUUGAAGGGGGUAACCCCUAAAACUGCUACUUGUAAGCCCAGGCACAACAUUGCCUGUGGGUCCUAAGCUUGCAUCCAAGGGUGGAAGCUAAGAACCCAACUGACCACAGACACCAGAUGAGGGCAGCCUUCAAGUACCUUCAAGACGUCUUCCCUAAGCUGUCUUUGGCAAAAGUCAAAGCAAAGUUUGAGGGGAAAUAAUAGCCAUUUUCUGUCCUGUACUUUGGAGGCAUAAGCAUUCGGAAUAUAACACUUGCUGCUCAGGAGUAAAAAUUGCAUUACAGUGUGUUGUAAUGCAAUAGGUACCUAUUUUAAAAAUUUGGUACCUACAGGUACCUAAUUUUUCUCCAAGCAGUUGUUUGCCUCCAAGCAGUUGUUUGCCUUGUUGCUCUUAUGUUUUCUGGUCUUUGUUUUUUGCUCACUGUUGGAACAAUUAUUUGUUCUCAAGCUCACUUUGCCUUGAGGAGAGACAAAUUCUAAUCCUGGUUAAAAUUAGUUCAGGCAAGACUCAGAGGCCUGGUGCAUCGUUUUAUGACAGGGCUUGACCAGUGCUUAGGUUGGGAAGCUACUGAAAAGGCCCAGCCAGAAAUGGAAAAUAACAUUUAUGAGUUAAUGUAUACACUUACAUAUAAUUUUUAGUGAAUACACUUACUUGUAUUUGCAGACACAUACAUGACACAUCAUAAUUAAAUUAAAAAUUCAUUCCAGCUCACACAUGUAUGUUUUGUUCCUUCACAUACAUAAACAAUUAAACAUUUCUAUAAUUUUAUUUUCAUCUCUUCAUGUCUUUAUUUUUCCUUCCCACAUCUGCCUACCUUCUUCACCACAUACAGUAGUUGCUUUUCUUUCAUCUCCCAUACUGUAUGUUCUUCAUUUAUAUAUCUGCCGUCCUUUGUCAUUGAUCUGCUAUGAUCUUUAAUCCUUUUCAUUUUCUUCCCUUCCAUUUUUUCCUUUAAUAUGUUUUACCCUGAAAUCAUGUGCUGUGCUAUAGUUUUGUUGCUUGUUGUGCCCAUAUUCAUAUGUACGUGAGACUAUCUACCCACCGAUUGUUUUUCUUGUAUACAAUACUGUUUUUUUUAGUAUGCCAAAUUUUGUUUUGUAGCUUGUAUUGAUACCCCAAUUCAUCACAUUGCAUACUUGGCAAAGGUAACAUGUUUUAAGAUUAACUACUUCACUUACUCCCUCCAUUCACUAACCCAUUACUAACGGUAACUAACCUCUCAGGACUUCUGGGCCCAACCUGCAGAGCGUGAGGUCAUCCCACACCGCCACCUGACCAGUCCUGGAGGAGGCACCCCUUCCCCAACCAUGUCAGGGUGUCCCUUUUCCUCACGACAGGUGCAGGCACUGGUCUCUCCCACAUGUGACUCUCCCCAUUCAUAUAAUCUCCAUCGCUCCCCAACUACCCCAGCUCUUAUGAUGCAGACACCUCCCACACCUGCCACACCCAUGUCCCCUAUGGAUGCCCUCCUACGCCUCCAACUUCCUCCUGAUCUAUUCCCAUCACAUGAAGAGGAAAUUGACAUAGAAGUAGGAAUUGAUUUGGAGGAUGGAAUUGAUUUGGAAGAGGGAAUUGAUUUGGAAGAGGGAAUUGAUUUGGAGGAAGAAAUUGAUUUGGAGGAAGAAAUUCUUCAAGAGGCUGAUUUAGAGGAUCAGGAUGGCAGCUUGGACAACUUGGGAGGUACACUGCGGAAUGAAUGAGAACUGCAGUUGUCUCCUUCAGGAAUGAAGUGCCAUUUAAUCUACUUGGUAAACAGCCUAAUGUUUAAUGUGGCCACUGUGAUGAUAAGCAUGGAGAGCUGGCAUUAUCCAUCUUGAUGACAUUAAUGAAAAUAGCAGGUUCUGCAUUCGCUUCUCUCAGCCUUAUUACUUACAAAGUUAAGAGGGUUUGGAGAGUGAUAAAGACCAUCUUUCCUAAGCUAUGAAAGUGUCCCUCCACAGUGUUAUGGGCCAAGUAGAUCCUGUAUGCCACCUAUAUUUCUCCUUUUUCACUGGACCCAUAUGUCUAAUCCCUGUGCUGGUACAGUACUUCCAUCAUCCUUCUAACCUCUUGAGUUCCUGUUUAAACACCCUUCACUUACCUGCAGAUUGACAUCCAAUGUUUCAUAAGUGAUAUAUAUAGUAGAUGUGACUGAAAAAGAUAGAUACUGUACAACAGUAGAACAUGGAAAUAGCAUAGAGUCCAUUACAAAGGGGUAACUCCAAGCCCAAGUAAUGAGAGUGUAUGGUUUGGUGUAUGCGUGUGAUAUGGUGUACGCACGCUCAGCAGGGCCCAGAAUGGCUGGAUGUGUGUAGACUAACUUGUGUCACAAAUCUUUUGCACGUACUCACUAAUACUGAGUUUGUAAAUGUAAGAAUAUCAUAAGAACAUACUCCUAUGCUCUCGUUUUGGCAUGUCAACUUCAAUAGCAACCUCUAAGUGGGCAUAACCCAAGAAUUCUUUGGGAAUUCUUUCCUUAUGACUGCAGCCUAAGCUUCACAGUGUUCCCGGAAAGGAGAUCAUCAGCAGGGGAUCAAGUUGUGCCUCUGCUUGCAUAGAAGUUUUGCUAACCACUAACACAUUGAUGUACAUUGUGAAUGUUUUCUGUGGCCUAGUGCAACUGUGUCUCUUUCUCUGCUUCUACAAUUCCUGUCAUGGGAAAGAGCUGUAUGUUAUAUGUUGACUUAACCACUUUAGGUCUAAGCAUAUCAAACAUAAUAUUUUUUUCCUUUCACAGUACAGUAUUGUCAAUAAUUAUUUUAUAAUGUCAAUAUAUCUAUUUAACAAAACUUUGAUGUACAUGCUGAAAAGUGCUGAAAAUAGUUGUGUUUGUUCUUCGGCUGAAACACAAAUUGGUAAGUCAGUGUUUAAAAUAUAGCUGCCAUAACAAUUUGCUAAAUAUGUUUUGCAAAUCUAGAGAUCUUUUUAAUCUCACUAUAAGCAGUGUUUUACUAUUAUUUUAAUCAUGUCUCUGGGUCAAAACUUUCCAUCCCAGAUUCUCUCAGCUUUGUUCUAACACUGACUGUAACUCUUGAGCUGAACUCAUGUAGGCUACUUCUGAUCUUGUUGAAUGUGAGUGAAUGUCCUCUUGUUACCGCAUAUAGGCAAGUAACUAGUCGUUAACAUAAUGUACUUAUGAGUGGAGCUUGACUGGAGAAACUCUACAUAUAAGGGAUUAACAUCAAUGAGCACAAGGAUCCUAGACAUCUUGUAAUACCUAAGAGAGAAUACCUGGGUGUACAAGAAUGGCUGUUAAAAAACACUAUAGAAACUAGAUGGCACAGAUAAGGGAUGUGAAUUUUCCCUAUCUGAUGUUUGUUUUUGCUUGUAGCUCCCAUCUAUAGCAUAUACAGUAAUAUUAUAUCUCCUUGUGCCCAUUGCAAAAUAAAACGUAAAUAACAAGUCGCGGGUGUAAAUCAGAACCACUGUAUUGAUAGGGUUUUACAGUACUCUGGUCAUUUACUGGAGCCUCCUAAACUGACCCAUGAAAGUCAUAUGAUACAUCAGGUAGGUUUCUAUGGUAUAGUCAAGGAAGUGUCUCAACGGAUCACUGUUGCAUCCUAGUUGAUCCCUGGUCAUAUGUUAUUUGUUUUUUGUUUAGUGAACACUGCAAAAACACUAUAAUAAAGAACAAAGCUUAGUAUGAUACUAAACAAAAUAAUGAUAUUGUGGUGCGUUGAGACGACCUUAAAAGAAACUCGGUGAUUGUGUAAGCUGGGUCACUGUAGGAGUAGUCCACACAGCACGGUCACGCAAGAGUACAGUACUGGUAGCUACACCAGCAACUUUGACCCAUUUGUCCAUACAAAUCGUAAUUUAUAGUCUCUCUCUUACUCAUAACAUACAAAGUAACAAAUGUUACUGCAUGUUGAAGGCAAUUCUCAGAAAUCUGAUGGUGGUUUUUAUUAAUAAACUGAAUGCACCUUAAAAGGUCUUUCUUCUUUAUUUUAAUAUUAUGGUACAUAUUAGUUUUAUUGGCUUAUUAAAUAUAGCUACAUGAACAAAUUUUUCCUGAUUGCUGCCAUAUUGUACAAACAUAUUGAUAAUUAGUACAUUGUUGUUAUAAAAAUGUUCUUGUUCAAUUGCAUGUAGAAUCUCAUUAUGGAUUAUUGUUGCUGGUUAUGUUACGACAGUUGUCAUAGUUACCAGCAUCAGCAUGAUCACCCAUUAUUGUGACUUAUCUCAUAGGACUGCCGGUUUAUAAUGGGGCAAUUAUAACGUAUCAGAUAAUGUAAAUAAACAUUGCAGAACCUCAUAGAGCUUUUUCAUUUUAAGUCUUUAACCAAACUGUAUAAAGUAAGGAUAAAUAUAUAUAUUGGUAGAUAUUAUUUUCCUGAUUUCAUAGUUAAAAGGUUCUUGCAGAAGUUUAGAUAAUGCCAUACUUAUACAUUCCACUGGUAGUUAUUAAUUUGAGGGAAUAUUGUUACAGCAAUGACCAUAUGUAAUGGUCACAUUAGCCCAUCUAAUGGUAGAGUUUUGUAAUUUUGUUUAUUAUUGUUCAUGUCCAGUCAGUGUAAAAGACCAAAGAAACUACCAUAUAGUUUCAUGGUAUUUAUUUACAACUUGAAUGGUCUUUUGCAUUAUAUUAUUAACUUCUUUUGAAAUGCCUCUUGAGAUGUAAUACUUUAUGGGUGAAUUUUGUGUAUUUUUGUAUUUAAGUUACACAUACAUGUAUGUACAACUCUUCUGGCAAGUCAUGUAUUUAAGUGCCUGUCUAUUUGCAUUGCAGGCGCUUACACAAACUUUAUCAAUGUUGAUACCCAGGUGUGAGCAAAAUACAUUAUUACAUAGGAUAA